CCAGCCGCCAGCCCGGCGCGCUCUGCCGACACUCACCAGGGAAGCGCACCCGGCUGCGCAAGCGGAGCCCUACGCCCUCCCCGGGGGGCAUGCGCGGCGCGCGCCGGCAGCGGCCCUUGCCGCGCACCUAGCCUGAGGGAGUGCUCGGAGACGAGAUCUCCGCUGAGGCCGCCCUGCCCGCUGCCCCCAUGGCUCAGCCCCUGGUGCUGCUGUGCUGCUGCGCUGCGCUCGUGGCUGCGGGCAGGGGCGCCCCCCAGACUGCGACCCCCGCCCGGCCCGGCUCGGCCCGCACCAAGCAGCCGGAGGGGGUCCCAGAGGAGGAGCCCCUGCAAAACGAGGCGGACAACCAGGAGAACAUCUUAUCUCAGUUGCUAGGUGACUAUGACAAGGUGAAAGCAGUGUCUGAAGGCUCCAACUGUCAGUGUAAGUGUCUGGUCAGACCUCUGGGCCGAGGCGCCUGCCAAAGGAUUAAUGAAGGUGCUUCCAAAGCAGAGGAUUUUUACACCGUAGAAACCAUCACUUCAGGACCUGAUUGCAAGUGUGCCUGCGUGGCUCCACCUUCUGCUCUGAACCCUUGUGAGGGGGACUUCAGGUUGAAGAAGUUGCGGGAAGCAGAGAGCAGUGACUUAAAGCUAUCCUCCAUCAUAGAGAUGCUAGAAAGUGCUUUCUAUGGCUUAGACCUUCUAAAGUUACACUCAGUCACAACAAAAUUGGUGGGCCGAGUGGAGAAACUUGAGGAGGAAGUAUCCAGAAACCUCACCAGAAAGAACAUGGAUGCAACAGGGAACGUGGAUGCAAUUUGGAGUGAGCCAAACACAAGGGACAAGGAAAACUGUUCCAGCAGUAUCCCCAACAGCCUCCCUGACAUCCGGAGCUCCCUGCAGAGGGAUGCUGCAGCUGUGUACACCCACAUUGAGGUAAGGCCAGCUGCCUUCUCCUGGCUACACAUGGAAGUCCCAGGAGCCCCAUUCCAGUUCAAGAGCACUCAGUGUCACUGGUGCAGGCAAUGCUCAGCAGUAGGACUGGCAAAAGGUGUUGAGAGAGAAAUGUACUAG